AGUUUCCUUACUUUGUCAUCCUUUCAUAUCAGAAAAGUCGAAUCACAAUGACGACUGUGAUUGUGCAGACACCUCAAAAGAGCAGCUGGAAUUCAGGAAUAUGUGACUGUUGCCAGGACAUGAAUUCUUGCUGCUAUGCGUUCUGGUGCUUUCCUUGCUUUACCUGCACCACUACUGGGAAUUUUGGGGAGAGCACCUGUCUGCCUCUGCUGGACAUAUUCGGCCCAGGUAUCAUGGCGGCUAUUGGGGUUCCAGUAUGUGUCCCGCCUGUGUCUCUUGGAAUGAGGGUGGCAGUUCGCCACAAAUACGAUAUUGGGGGCAGUAUCUGUGAGGACAUCAUGGUGACUUGCUGUUGUAUCUGGUGUUCGUGGUGUCAGAUGAGUAGAGAAAUCAAAGCACGCAAGCAAACGGUCACUGUACUGAACACAUAUCCAAUGAUGCAGCACUUUCCGAUGGCAACCUCCACACAAGUUAUCUCUACACAGCAGCAGGUUGGAGUGAUCGGUGAAGCAACAUUUGCUCCUGCAGUCCACAUGGCACCAACUACUUGA